UAGUGUGCAGCCUGCAGCCUGUCUGUUGACAUUCAGCUGCGGGGAUGACUUGAUUGAGAGAACGGUUUGCUUGUGGGUAGGGGGCGGCUACCAGUUAUGGAAGUAAGGGAAACGGGUUUGUAAUAUGUAAAUAUUUAGUGUGGAGCGAGUGCGUUUGAGUCAGUCGACAUACUUCGUGUGUGUGGGUUUUUUUUUUUUUUUUUUGCUCUUUGUCAGCGUCUGUUGGUGAACUUACGCCUCCCCUAGUGAAGGUACUGAACCGCUAAUGAAGGAUGUUACUGUCUAUGGGAGUGCUUAUGAUGUCUACAUUAAAGAUCUGUAUAAUCUUGGCAGUGCAGCUGUUAUUUCUAAUUAAUCUGCCAGCUGAGGCCGAUAUUUCAGCACACUCCUCUGAUAACAGAACUCAAAACUUUGAAGACUUGCCUGCAAGAUUUGGAUAUAGACUUCCUAGUGAAGGAUUAAAGGGCUUCCUAGUAGGUGCCAGACCUGAGAAUGCUUGUGAACCUAUAGAUCCUCCUCCCCUCAAAGAUAACUCCACAGACACCUUCAUUGUGCUGAUAAAGCGCUUUGACUGUAACUUUGACAUUAAGGUUUUAAAUGCUCAGAAGGCUGGCUACAAAGCUGCUAUAGUCCACAAUGUGGAUUCAGAUGACUUAAUCAGCAUGGGAUCUAAUGAUCUGAAUGUGUUAAAACAAAUAGACAUUCCUUCAGUGUUCACUGGUGGAGGAGCAGCUACUGCUCUUAAAGAAGAGUACACCUAUGAUCAAGGUGCCUUUAUUAUACUUAAGCCUGAUUUUAGUCUGCCACUGGAAUACUACUUGAUUCCCUUUCUCAUCAUAGUUGGCAUUUGCCUUAUUCUCAUUGUUGUUUUUAUGAUUACAAAAUUUGUGCAGGAUAGGCACAGAGCCAGGCGAAGUCGCCUUCGAAAAGACCAAUUAAAAAAGCUGCCUAUACAUAAAUUCAAGAAAGGAGACCUGUAUGACGUCUGUGCCAUUUGUCUGGAUGAGUAUGAAGAAGGAGACAAGCUGAGAGUUCUACCAUGCUCCCAUGCAUACCAUUGCAAGUGUGUAGAUCCUUGGCUUACCAAAACUAAAAAGACAUGUCCCAUAUGCAAACAGAAGGUUGUGCCGUCUCAAGGAGAUUCUGAUUCUGACACAGAUGAAGCAGACAGCAGUCAUGAAGAAGCUUCAGAAAGUACUCCACUUUUAAGAUCUUUAGCCUCAACCAGUGCACAUUCAUUUGGUACAAUGGCAGGACCAAACCAGGAUGUGCUUGAGUCUUCUGAAUAUGAUGAUGAUGAUGACGAAGAUGAAAUAAAUAGUGAGACAGAAGAGGAAGUAAAUGUUGAAUCUGUUGUUGUACAGCUUCAGCAAAGUGCACAUGAAAGCAAUAUGCAUAGCUUUGCUUAACUGUUGUGAUCCUUCAAAGAAGCUGGAUGCACCAACUGCACUUAACCACUUAUGACUGAUUUAAUUUAAAGCUCACAGCCGUUAGUGGUCAGUGUAUAGUAUUGUUUAGGAGUUCUGCAUCCAAGUCAACCAAAGCCGGCCUAAAAUUUGAAUGAUAAAAAUGCCUGGCUACAUCACGAGAGAGCCAAAGAACAUUAUGUACUAACAACAUAAUGCUGGUCUUUUACAUUUGCACUUUAAAUCGACAAGGUAAUGGUUAUUGGUUAUAUAAUAUCCACUGUGAUAAUGUCAUGUUGUGUGGAAUUUUAUUUGUGAAAUGUAAAAAUUAUGUAGGUUACUUUGGCCACCAUUAGAAAACUGCACAAUGGUCACAGGGCUAAAUAAGUUUAAAGUUGUGUGUACUGUGUAUAUAAAAUGUAAAUACAAAUUAGUAUGCAGUUGUAUCAGAAUUCCAAGCAGCUCUUGUUAGUAUUAAAUAAUGUAUAAAGCAUUGUAUCAGAAAUUCCAAAUAAGAGGUGUUUAAAAUGAAAAUGUGUAUAAAUUGUAUAUAUAUUAUACUAUAUCAUGAUCAACGUUUCAUAUCUUUUCAUUAAAAGCAGCCAGACACGGCCCCGGCAAAAAAACAAGAACAGGCAAGAAAACCUUAAAAUGUCCAGAGAUUAGAAGUGGUAUUUAACCCAUGGAGCUUGCACUGAGAUCUUUUUGAUAAAAUCUAUUUCAGAAAGAGUUUGCAAUGGUGAAUACUGAAAGCACUAUUGGUAAGCACCGCUAGAUCAGUUUAACUGUAAUGCCAGUAAUUUAAAUGACACCUUAAGUUAUAUUUUGGUAAGCACUAUUGAUUGGUAAGCACUGUUAGAUCAGUUUAACUGUAAUGCCAGUAAUUUAAAUGGCACCUUAAGUCAUAUUUUGGUCAGUAUGUCAUUUUGCAUACUUGAGCAUAGCUUUGCAGCUAACAAUAUGAUUAAAUGGCUGUGACUGAGCACUUUUGUCUAUGUAGUAAUGCUGCCCUUUCCCAAUUCACUUUUAUAUAAAAUGGCUAAUUGUUUUGAAAUCUACUAAAAUGUUGAAAUAAAAGAAAAAAUGGUCAAAUAAAAAAACAGUAA